AUGCCGACACCGCAGGAGCAGAAGGGAGCGCCGAAUAGAGUCUGGACCACACUCAUCACCAACACCCAGUAUCUGUCUGGGCUCCUAACUCUUGACUACUCCCUGAAAAAGGCGGGCUCAAAGUAUCCUCUCGUUGCGCUGUACACCGACACAUUCCCUCCCGAAGGACUCGAAGCUCUUCGAAAAAGAGAAAUUCCAGCCCAAAAGAUCCUGUACCUUCUCCCCUCAGUCUCCAAGGACUAUGCCAACGACCCGCGAUUCUACGACUGUUGGAGUAAGCUCACUCCAUUCAGUCUCACCGAGUAUGACCGGGUAGUGCAACUGGACAGUGACAUGAUGGUGCUCCAGAACAUGGAUGAGCUGAUGGAAAUGGAGUUGGAUGCGCCUGAGUUGAAUGGCGACGGAAACAGAGUAUAUGCGGCCAGUCAUGCCUGUGCAUGUAAUCCUCUGAAGAAACCACACUACCCUACACACUGGGUACCGGAGAACUGUGCUUUCACAACUCAACACACUACUCCUGAUGAGGCGCAAACCAUCGGUCCCUCGCCCACCGCGGGCAUUGCUUGUCCUAAUGGGGGGCUUGUUGUGUGCAAUCCCAGUCAAGGGACGUAUGACAAGAUUCUUGAAGCUAUGCAGAAUGGCGACAUAACCUCUGCUUACGACUUCGCCGAUCAGAGUCUACUAGGUGACCGGUUUCAUGGACGCUGGGUGGGCUUGCCCUAUAUCUACAACGCAUUGAAGACGCUUCGGUGGAAAGGUGUGCACGACGUCAUCUGGCGGGAUGACCAGGUGAAAAAUAUCCAUUAUAUAUUGAGUCCCAAGCCGUGGGACGAGAAGGCUGAAGAGACAGAAGAUGAAACACAUCUCUGGUGGCACAAGAUGAAUGAUGAGAGACUUCAGCAAGAAAGUACCAACGGGGUCAAGGACGGUUUCUGA